AUGGCCGCCGUGAAGCAUCUGAGCUCAUUGAGUAAUAGAGUCGCAAUCGUGACCGGCGGCAGUUCAGGAUUAGGACGAGCCGUUGUACAGGCAUUCGCCGCCGCUGGAGCUCAUGUUGUCUCUGCAGACCUCUCACCUAAGCCCCCUGUCACACCGAUCCUUGAGAAGAGAUACAAAGAAACAGACUUCCACACCCCAACAGUGGAACUCGCCAAUACGAAUUGGCCCAGCAACAUCGACGGCCGACCACGGGCAAUUUUCCAGAAGUGCGAUGUUACAAAAGAGGCAGACGUAGAGGCAACGGUUCAACAGGCAGUGAAGUCCUACGGGCGACUUGACAUACUGGUUAAUAAUGCAGGCACGUACUCAAUUGCGAUUUUCCAUGGAAUAGCUCCAGAACUUACGACAGGCCCCGUGCGCAUUCACGAUCAAGAGGUCUCCGUUUUGGACAGAGUACUGUCCGUCAACGCUAGGGGCACUUGGUUGGGGGUGAAGCACUCAGUCAAACAAAUGCUGUCACAGCAACCUGACGUCAAUGGCAUUCGCGGUCGGAUUGUGAAUGUGGGAAGCAUCUUGAGUCGAGUCGGUGCCGUAGGGUCAACCUGUUACUGCUCGUCCAAGGGUUCAAUAACACAGUUGACAAGGGCCGCCGCACUGGAGUAUGCGCGAGAUGGUAUUCCCAUAAAUUCGGUUUUACCUGGAUACAUGGAGUCGAAUAUGGUUGAGGGCUUGUACAGAGACAAUGGGGAGGAUGCCAUCACAACGUUGAUUGGGGAAAUGUGCCCAGUAGGCAGGGUCGGAAGAGCAGAAGAGGUGGCUCAGGCAGUCGUGUAUCUGUCGGGAGAUCAGGCAAGCUACAUGACCGGAGUCGAACUUCCAGUCGACGGCGGGUUUUUGAUACGGUAA